AUGUCGGAAAACGCUUCCACAAAACGACGACUGGAGUCACGGCGACACCGCAGCAUUCCAGCAAGCUGCUGCAUCCCAGGGCAUUGCGGAGAGGUGCACGUCGUGGAUCCUUUGCGUACACGUCGGGUACUGCACGUCAUGUUCGCCACUGAUUCGAAGGAGAAUUCUAGGUUGAUUGUGAAAGGAUUUGCUUCCUACAUCUCCGAGGAGCGUCUACGAGCACACUUCUCAAGACUUGGUGAUGUUACGGACGUGCGGGUUUCCCGGACGGCGAGCGGGCGCUCGCGGGAGUUUGGAUUCGUCGGUUAUCGAACACCUGCGGAGGCAGCAGCAGCCAAGGCAUUUUUUGACCAAACGUUCCUAGAUACUCGUCGCAUAACUGUAGAGUAUGCACUUCCUCCGCGAUCACCGGCGCUAGCCGAGAGGAAACGUUUUCAUGCGGAGGUUUCUGUGGACAGGCGGCAAGCAGCAGCCACCGCCCGUGCUGGCGAAAGAAGACCCCCAACGCUGACUGCAGCGGAGAACGAGCACCGCGGUGCAGAGGUGCACUCUACGAGUGACCACGCUGUCGAAACCGCUGGCAAAACCGGAACACUCGAGGGGGUACCUCGAGAUCAGACAAGAACGAGUCAGACUUCGCUGUGGCAUGCCGCACACGCGACCUGGGGUCAAGAAACGAGCGAGUCGGAGCCACGUAAGGUGCACAGGCGACCGGAAACGACUCCGUCGCGUGGUCGUCAAGCUGCUGACGAGGGCAGCGCUGUCUUGCUCGCGGACUCGCCUGAUGAUCAAGCGCUCUCGCGUACCGUUUCCCAAACGGAACCGCCGACCAGUGCGGUAUCCGCCUCGUCUGCAUCUUCAGGAGCAGAGCAGGUGUCUUCCCGUGCGGAAUCGAUGGCGUCCGCUUCUAAGGAAUGGAAGUUGUGUCGGUCUAGUCGCAUCUUUAUUCGAAAUCUGGGGUUUAACGUAACUUUCGAAGACCUGGAGAAGUUGCUUGAACCUUUCGGGGAACUCGAAGAUGUCCAUCUGGUUCGGGAUCGGGAAAGCGGCCAGUCGCGCGGCUUUGGGUUUGCACGCUUCAAGACCGUAACCUCUGCGCAACAGGCAAUGGACGCCUUGGACGGGUCAGUGUACCAGGGACGCCUUUUGCACAUCAUGCCAUCCGAGGCAGACCGGUACGAACUGGAUCAGAGGUCGUCUCUGGAAACCGAAGGCAAACGCAGAAGCUUUAGCGUGGAGCGCAAACGGCAGCGUCGUCGAGAAGCCGGCACCACAAAGGACACCAUUUCGUGGAAUCCGUUCUUCCUGGGAACUGAUGGCGUUUUAGAGACGACCGCCGAGCGCUUUCAGAUGUCCAAAGCGCGCUUUCUCGGUACCGAUGCGCUAGAAGGGGGGAUUUCAGCCGCCGUGCGGCUCGCUGUUGCCGAGUCGAGUCUGCUGUACGAGGUUCGCGAGGCGCUCGCCGAAAGCGGAAUCAACGUGCAAGCUUUGCUCGAUGAACAAACUCGGCAGCGAAGGGCUUUAGAUCGGAAACAGCUCUCCCGAACAACGAUUAUCCUGAAAAACCUUCCGGCGAGAACAACGUCUGCAGACCUAGGACCAAAGCUCGGUCGCUACGGUCAACUUGGACGAUUGGUGGUCGCUCCCGGGGGCCUUAUAGCAUUCGCCGAGUUUCUCGACGAAAACCAGGCCAAGGCAGCAUUUCGGGGGCUCGCUUACACGCGUUACGCUGAUCUGCCGCUCUAUCUCGAGUGGGCACCUCGCGGCAUCUGGGCCGACCCAACACCUCCCAAUGGAGACGAUAUCGCCGAAGCAUCGCCCAAAGCUUAUGCUUCUGUUGACGACUCUGGAUCAGGUUCCGAAGAACCGCCUCCGAAUUGGUCCCAAACUUCGCUUCUGAUUCGUAAUUUGAGCCUUGACACGACAAGUGGCAUGCUAGUCGAGCAUCUCGAGUCCUUGGGCGUGCGACCUCGAAUCGUGCGCAUACCGCUGGAUGAGGAGACCCCCAGUAUGGAUUCCCGGAGUCCAAACAUUCCAUCGAAAUACGCUUUCGCGGAAUUUGCAACUUGCAAAGAGGCCUGGCGCGCUCUUCAUAUCCUGGAUGGAUCGGCGCUGCGGGGCCACAGACUCUCCGCUGCGCCCAGCGAAAAGCACGUCACGAGUCGAGUGGCGGCCUCGGAGACCGCGGUUGUCCCCGAGGCUGGCAACGAAACCAAACUUAUCAUCAAAAACAUUGCUUUUGAAGCGAGCAAACGGGAGCUACAUCAGCUAUUCAGUUCCUUCGGCCAUGUGAAGUCGCUUCGACUACCAAAGAAAGUCGAUGGCAGUGGACGAGGAUUCUGCUUUGUGGAGUACGCAACGCCUCAAGAAACAGCCCGGGCCACAGCACUCGUCCAGGGCACUCAUUUCUAUGGAAGGAAACUCGUAGUCGAAUACUCCCAUCUUUGA